AUGAUACUAGCAGAAGACUCGGAUCCUUUAGAACUCGCUCAAGUCGCUAUCUCUCGAGUCGCUGAUAUCGCCUCAGCACUCGGUGUGGAGCUCAGAAGACCCGUCUGCGGCCGACUAGGAGCUGAGCUGCUCUUACUUGCAGACUAUAUUGACAAGGCCAGUCAGGAUCAAGAAGAUCAACUCAGGUCACGAAUCUUCAAGCUCUUGAAAGAUGUGGAAUCUAUCUGCUGGUCCUCGAAGGAGACUUUGUCAUUGGAGAAAUCACCAAAAAACUGCUUUCCUAUUCUAGAAGCAAUAGGAGAGUCAGUUCCUGGUUUGGAUACGUACAAGAAAGCCCGGGCUGAAAUUCGACAAGGACUUGCUAAACUCACUGCUCAUUCUAAAUCUGCGGAAAGAACCAUCGAACACAUUCGCGGAUUCACCAAGCCAAGUCGCAAGUCUAGCAAAUUGGAUGCUGGAUUUAAUACGACCUCCACAAGAAAGACGAGCGAGCCGCAGUAUCCGCGACAUGUAAAUGAGCUAGUAUAUCGAACUCUGCGGGAGUAUGCGUACUGCAGCUGUGAGGUGGAUGGAAUCAGAGAAGUGAUGCGAAGAUCACAUCUUGCGCGACUUCUUUUACAGCCUCCAUGUGAGGAGUUUACGCGCCGCAAUAUGUACCAGUUUGACUUGCUGUUUUCCUCUGGGCCGCUGGAGAAGGAGAAUAUGUUAAGACAUUGGCAAGACGUGGAGCUGAUGGUACCUGAUGUCAACUUGAAAGUCAAAAAGCACGCGAAGCGAGUACAGCGAGCACGAUUUACCGAUGACUUUCAAACAUCUGACUAUCGAUUCGCCAUGAACAAUAGUCCGACCCAGCGACUGUCCCGGGGGCAAUUCUGCAGGUUGAUUGGUUUGGAAGCGAACUCACGGCUGUACCUUUCAAUCAAUGAUGGGGAACUUCAACAUUACUUUGCUCCUUUAAAAAAGCUUGUCGAGCAUACCCCUGGCAUAUCUCUCGCAGACACACUCAAAGACUACCCUCCCUUAACUGCACGAAUGAAAUUAGUGCUCGCCUACAUUAUCGCAUAUUCCGUUUGGCAGUACUAUGACUCGGACUGGAUGAAGACCAAAUGGUCAAGUGAAACAAUCCAAUUUAUCAAGGAGUUUGAAGAAAAUUCAGGCGCUAGCUGUGAACUGGCCAAGUUUUUCACGUGGAAACCUUAUCUCUCAGUCAAUUUCAACGACGAGGACCCUGAAAGUCAAGAAUUCAAUAGACUCGAUGGGGGGUGUUCAUAA